AUGCCGGGACGGGUUCUACCGACUUUUACGGCCACCGAGGUCGAGGCGCAUAACAACGCCAAAUCUUGUUUCAUCACCAUUGGGCGCAAGGUUUACGAUGUCACAGAUUUCGUCCAGGACCACCCCGGAGGUGGUGACUUGAUCCUCGACUACGCAGGAAAGGACGUUUUGGAGAUCAUGAACGAUGAGAUCUCUCACGAGCACAGCGAAGCGGCCUACGAAAUCUUGGACGACUACCACGUCGGUUUCCUGACUCCGAGCGACUCUACUUCUAGCAAGGCCAAAGCUUCAGGAUUGGAAGCCAGCGAAGACGACUCUAUGCCCAUGUAUCAAACCACUGGAAUGUCGCGCGAGGAGGAUCUCUCGAUCGAAACGGACUUUUCGCAAGAUUUCAAAACACACAAGUUCUUGGAUCUCAACAAGGCACUUUUCCCUCAGUUGUGGUACAGCACUUUCUCCAAGGAAUUUUACCUGGAGCAGAUCCACCGGCCUCGCCACUACAAGGGUGGAGAAUCAGCCCCACUCUUUGGUAACUUCUUGGAGCCCCUCAGCAAGACUGCAUGGUAUGUGGUGCCUAUCAUUUGGCUGCCACCCGUCGCCUAUGGCACUAUGAUCGGAACAGCGGGCCUGGGUGAUCCUGUUGCUGGUGCGGCAUACUGGUUUGGUGGUGUUUUCCUGUGGUCAUUGAUCGAAUAUCUCAUGCAUCGUUUCCUCUUCCACAUUGACAAUUGGCUUCCGGAUAACCGAGUUGGUCUGACCCUUCACUUCUUGCUUCACGGCAUUCACCACUACCUUCCUAUGGAUAAGUACCGACUGGUCAUGCCGCCAACCCUCUUUGUUGCCCUGGCCGCUCCGUUUUGGAAACUGGCCCAUGCCGUUUUCUUCUACAACUGGUACGCGGCCGUGACUGUGUUCUGCGGCGGCGUCUUUGGGUACAUCUGCUAUGACCUGACCCACUACUUCCUUCACCACCGCAAUCUUCCUUCCUACUACAAAGAACUCAAGAAGUAUCACCUCCAGCACCACUACGCAGACUUCGAGAACGGCUUCGGUGUUACCAGCCGAUUUUGGGAUCGGAUCUUUGGUACCGAGCUGGAGGCCUCGCCUGCCAAGGGCUCCAAGGCCCAGUAG